UGCAAUUGUAGGAAAUAGCUCUGUUUUUAUGAAAAGGCGCGAGAUACAUAGAGGGCGUCGUUUCUUUUUCUGAUUUUCCCCUUCCUCCCCUCUCUCUAAUUCUACUUGAUACUCAUAAAUUUCUAGGUUUUUUUCAAUUCUCCGAAAAUCACAGAAAGAGAAGAUGAGAAGAUUUAACGGAUUCCCGAAUUUCCAGCAAGACCAGCGCCCUAUCUUCAUCGUCGAGCUUCUAUCCGGCCGCCCGAGCUUCUCCAAAUGCGAAGUGGAGUCCCUCAUCGCCGGCUGCCCUACCGACCCCUACAACUUCUUCGCUUACAAGGUGGGUGUCGUCGCCGGCCGCCUCUUUUUCCGGCAAUGGUGCGACGCCCUCGAAGCCGUCGUCUACUUCUGGGACCUCCGGCUCCGUGGGGCCCACCAUCUAACCCCCGACGUCCAAUCAAAGUUCUCUGUCCUGUCCGACCGCGAUGAGCUCUCUGCGCGCCUCAAAUCCCUCUUUGCGGCCCACGCCUACAACCUCCUCGAUGGCGAGGGGGCACGCCGCUGCCAGAAGGAGAUCGAUGCCCUGACGGACAAGAUUGCGAAAAUCACUGGCUUGCUUUCUCACCCGACCCCGUUGAUGGCUUGUGCCGAGCAUCAGGGCAAGAAGCCAGUGCUGGAAAUGGAGCGGAAGCAACUGAACAAGAGGCUGGAUGAAUUCCGGGCCGCCAUGCACUGUAUUCUGGCACAGCUAGAUGGGCGGAAGCAGGACGAUUGCUUGGAGCUGUUUAGUUUUGUGAAUGACGACUUGGAUUGGGAACGAAUGCAUUAUUUGAUGGUCCGGGAAUGCCGGAGGCUUAAUGACGGUCUACCGAUUUACGCACACAGGCAGGAGAUUCUCCAGCACAUACAUCACCAACAGGUAAUGGUUUUGAUUGGGGAAACAGGCUCUGGGAAGAGUACACAGUUGGUUCAAUAUCUUGCUGAUUCAGGACUAGCUGCUAAUGGGUCAAUCGUAUGUACUCAGCCCCGCAAGAUUGCUGCGUUGUCUUUGGCACAGAGAGUUAGGGAAGAAAGUAAUGGGUGCUAUGCCAAAAAUUCAGUGAUUUGUUAUCCGACAUACUCAUCUGUUCAAGGAUUCAACCAUGAAGUAAUAUUUAUGACGGAUCACUGUCUCCUUCAGUACUUCAUGUACGAUAUGAAUUUGGAUAACAUUUCAUACAUCAUUAUAGAUGAGGCCCAUGAAAGAAGUUUGAACACUGAUCUCCUAUUGGCACUGGUUAAGAAAUUGCUUCUUCAGAGGAUUGAUUUGAGACUUAUUAUAAUGUCUGCCACAGCUGAUGCAAGCAAGCUUUCAAACUACUUCUUUGACUGCAACACUUUCCAUGUGAUGGGGAGGAACUUCCCUGUUGACAUCAGAAAUGUUCCAAAUGUAUCUGCAGAGAGGUCAGCGACGGUUUCAAAACCUUAUCCUGGCAAUUGUCCUUCGUACGUUUCUGAUGCUGUUAAGAUGGUGACUCAGAUCCACAAAACUGAGGAUGAUGGUGCUGCUAUUCUUGUCUUUUUAACUUCUCAAAUGGAAGUGGAGUGGGCUUGUGAGAAUUUUCAAAACCCUUCUGCUGUUGCACUGGCAUUCCAUGGAAAGCUCUCUUGUGAAGAACAAAAUCGUGUCUUUCUAAAUUAUCCUGGAAAGAGAAAAGUUAUUUUUGCCACAAAUUUAGCAGAGACAUCUCUGACAAUUCCCGGUGUUAAAUACGUGGUUGACUCUGGCAUGGUUAAAGAGAGUAGAUUCGAACCUGGAAAUGGUAUGAAUGUGCUUAGAGUUUGCAGCAUCAGCCAAAGUUCUGCAAAUCAGCGUGCUGGCCGGGCUGGGCGAACAGAACCUGGAAGGUGUUACAGGCUUUACUCUGAAGAUGAUUUUCAAUCAAUGCCAUGUCAUCUGGAACCUGAAAUCCGUAAAGUUCACCUGGGCAUUGCCGUUCUGAGGAUUCUUUCCUUGGGUAUCAAGAAUGUCCAGGAUUUUGAUUUUGUUGAUGCACCAAGUCCAGAUGCAAUCAAAAUGGCUAUCAAAAAUCUUAUUCAAUUGGGUGCUGUUGUCUUUAAAGAUACUGUUUCGGAGCAUUUAAAAAAAGAAGAUAAUGUUUUGGAACUUACUGAUAUUGGUCACCAGCUGGUCAAGUUGGGUAUUGAACCUCGGCUCGGGAAACUUAUUCUCGGUAGCUUUGAUCAUGGUUUGGGCAGAGAGGGUCUUGUUCUUGCUGCUGUUAUGGCAAAUGCCAGUAGCAUAUUUUGCAGAGUUGGUACUGAUGAAGAGAAAUCAAAGUCAGACUGCCUUAAGGUACAGUUUUGUCAUCGUAAUGGGGACCUCUUUACUCUGCUAUCUGUUUAUAAGGAAUGGGAGGAGUGCCAAGAGAGUAAAAAUCAGUGGUGUUGGAAGAAUAGCAUCAAUGCAAAAUCCAUGCGAAGGUGUAUGGAGACUGUUUCCGAGUUGGAACGCUGUCUUCAGCAUGAACUCAGAAUGAUUGUUCCGAGUUACUGGAAGUGGGAUCCCCAUGUUCCUACAAUACAUGAUAAUGUGUUGAAGAAGGUUAUACUUUCAUCCCUUGCAGAAAAUGUAGCCAUGUAUUCUGGAUAUGACCGGCUUGGUUAUGAAGUGGCUUUAACGAGACAACAUGUACAACUCCAUCCUUCAUGUUCAUUGCUAAUGUAUGGUCAGAAACCAAGUUGGGUGGUUUUUGGUGAACUUCUUUCCAUGUCAAAUCAGUAUUUGGUUUGUGUAACUGCUUUCGACUAUGAAUGCUUACUUGCACUUCAGCCGCCUCCUCCAUUUGAUGUCUCAGAGUUGGAAAGCCGAAGGAUGCAAGAGAAAGUAAUUGUGGGAGUUCGCAAUAAUAUCUUGAGAAGGUUCUGUGGUAAACAGAACAACAGUCUGCAUUGUCUUGUUUCACGUCUUCAGAAGGAUUGCAAUGAUAGCCGCAUAGGUAUUGUUGUUGGCUUUGACAAAAAAGAGAUAAACAUAUAUGCCUCAUCAAAAGAUAUGGAAAAGGUUUCUAACCUUGUGAAUGAUGCCUUAGAGUAUGAAGCAAAAUGGCUAAGAGAUGAAUGCAUUGAGAAAUGCUUAUUUCGUGGGGGACCUGAUUUUUCUCCCUCUGUGGCAUUGUUUGGUGCUGGUGCUGAAAUUAAGCAUCUGGAACUGGAGAAGAGAUACUUAACUGUUGAAGUUUGCCAUGCAAAUGCACAUCAUCUGGAUGACAAGGAACUUCUGAUGAUGUUUGACAAAUGUGCCCCUGACAUAGCUAGCUUCUAUAGAUAUCCAAGCAGUGGACAAGAAGGUGAGGACUCAGAAAAGUGGGGCAAGAUAACAUUUCUCACUCCUGAGUCUGCUGAAAAAGCUGUAGCAAAGCUGAAUGCAGUAGAACUAUGUGGUGGCUUGCUCAAUGUAUUCCCUUCAAGGACCUCCUUUGGAGGUGAUCCUAAAGCAUUCCCCUUUCCUGCAGUAAAGGCCAAGGUUUGUUGGCCACGCAAGCCUAGCAGGGGGAUUGCGAUAGUCAGAUGUGCAAUGGAGGAUCUAGAUUGUAUUGUUGAGGAUUGCUCCGCAUUGCUGAUUAGAGGAAGGUUUGUUCGUUGUGAAAUUGGCAAGAAAUACAUGGACUGUGCAAUCAUCAGCGGACUGGACAAAGAUGUUUUGGAAACCGAAAUACUACAGGCUUUGAGGAAUGCAACAAAGAGGAGAAUCAUAGAUGUUUACUUGUUAAGAGGGGAACCUGUCAGUCAACCUGCAGGUGGCGUAUGUGCAGAUGCGCUUCUUAGGUUGAUUGCUCCCUUCAUGCCUAGCAAGAACUUUGCUACCUGUAAUUGCAGGGUCCAAGUGUUCCCCCCUGACCCAAAGGAUUAUUGGAUGAAAGCUUUGAUCACAUUUGAUGGAAGUUUACAUCUGGAGGCAGCAAAGGCUUUACAACAUAUCGAAGGGGAAGUUCUUCCUGGUUGUCUUCCGUGGCAAAAGAUACAAUGCCAGCAGGUGUUUCACAGCUCUGUAUCUUGCCCUGCUCCUGUCUACUUUGUCAUUAAGAAACAACUGGAUGCUUUCGUUGAAAGCUUCAACCGUCGGAAAGGUGUAUCUUGUAAUCUGGAUCAGAAUGAGAAUGGUUCCUAUCGGGUAAAGAUAUCAUCAAAUGCCACAAAAAUUGUGGCAGAGCUAAGAAAACCGCUGGAGCAGCUAAUGAAAGGGAAGAUUAUAUCUCACCCGAGCCUCACUGCAAAUGUCAUACAGCUGUUGUUCUCCCGAGAAGGCAUUGCACUCAUGAAGAGUUUGCAGCGAGAGACGAGGACGUAUAUUCUGCAUGACAAGCAGAACCAGAAUGUUAAAAUCUUCGGUUCUCACAGGGAUGUAGCCAUGGCUGAGCGGAAAUUGGUCCAAGCACUGUUACUUCUUCAUGAAAACAAGCAACUUGAAAUUCGCCUCCGAGGCGGGGAUCUGCCACAUGGCUUGAUGAAAGAGGUAGUUCUAAAAUUUGGGCCGGAUCUCCAUGGGCUCAAGGAGAAGGUCCCUGGGGCAGAGUUUGUGCUCAACACUCGCUUCCAUAUCCUCUUUGUCCGAGGAAGCAAGGACUUGAAGCAAAAAGUGGAGGAUAUAAUUCUUGAGGUGGCUCAAUCUUUGAGCGGUAGGCUGGCUGAGCUGCCCAUCGGAGAAGUCACAUGCCCAAUUUGCUUGUGUGAGGUGGAGGACUGCUACCGGCUUGAAGCUUGCGGGCAUGAUUUCUGCCGGAUGUGCUUGGUGGACCAGUUUGAGUCUGCCAUAAAGAGCCACGAUGGGUUCCCCCUGUGCUGUGCUUCUGAGGGGUGCAGGAGGCAUAUCCUGCUUGUGGAUUUGAGGAGUCUACUGCCACCUGAUAAGUUGGAGGAUCUUUUCAGGGCAUCUCUCGGGGCAUUUGUGGCAGCGAGCGGUGGGGCUUACAGAUUUUGCCCGUCGCCCGACUGCCCCGCAGUCUAUCAGGUGGCAGAUCCAGAAGCAGCAGCUGAGCAACCGCCAUUUGCCUGCGGUGCCUGCUUUGUCGAGACGUGCAGGAAGUGUCAUUUGGAGUACCAUCCUUCGAUAACUUGUGAGAGGUAUAGGGAGUUCAAGGAAGACCCGGACACGUCAUUGAUGGAGUGGCGGAAGGGUAAGGACCAUGUAAAGAACUGCCCCAUGUGUGGCUACACAAUUGAGAAGGCAGAGGGCUGUAACCAUAUAGAAUGCAGGUGUGGCAGACACAUUUGCUGGGUCUGUUUGGAGUACUUCCUUAGCAGUGAUGAAUGUUAUGGGCACUUGAGAAACAUACACCUAGCUAUUAUAUAAGAUCCUAUGCCCCUUCCAUCAUACAAACUCUUGUAUAUAUUUCCUUGUGUAUAUGUUAAUAUAUAUGGUUUGUGUUA